AUGAAUAAUAUUACAACUCAAGUUGAUAAGACUAUAGAUGAUACAAAUGAGCAUAGAGAUGAUAUUAGUUCAAGUUUGGUAUUUGGUAAUGAUAUUGGUACUCAAGAUAUACAAUAUAAUGAUAAUGAAAAUGAUACUUUAGUUAAUGAUACUCUAGAACUACAACAGCAACAGCAACAACAACAACAACAAUCAAAUGAUAACUUAAAAGAUACUCAAGUUAUAUCAAAAUCAGCUGUUGUUGUCCAAGAUACUCAAAUUAUUCCAAAAAUUAACGAUACUCGAGUUAUAUCCAAAAUUAAUGAAAAUGAUACUCAAAUUAUCCCAAAGUUGGAAUUAGAUGACACGCAAGUCAUACCUAAAGAUACAGAGAUAUCAAAACGACAAGUUAUAAACACUCAAGAACAAUCAGGAAUAAUUCAAGAAGACGAAGAAGAAGAAGAAGAAGAAGAAGAAGAAGAAGAUCCACAAAAUAAAGAAAGUUUAAAUGAUGAUAUAAUUGACAACACGAAGGAUUUGGAAAUUAGAUCAGAUGAAGAAAUUGAAGAAAUUGAAGAUUUUAAAUAUGGAUAUGAUGAUAGUUUAUUGACUCAUCAAAUCAAACAUAAAAAAACUCAACAAAAAAUAUUAACGAAGGGUAAGAUUGAUUUACGAAGGGGUAAUACCGUUGGAUUAGGUAAAAUUUCAAUGUCAUCAAAACCAUUAUUGAAACGAAAUUAUAGUGUUCCACUAGUAUUAGCCUCUUCUUCACCACAACAACAAAUGAAUCAAGACCAAUAUUCUGGUGAUGAGAAAUUAGAUCAUGAAAAAGGUGAUUUGACUAUUGAUACUACAGUUGCUGGACAAUUGAUACCUCCAUCAUCACCAGAAAAUGAAAAUAAUGAUCAUAAUAUAAGUAAAGAUUUUUCUUUGGGUGCUUCUGAAAUAGAUGAACCAGAAAUAACAAAUAAUGACCUUGAUAAUGAACUUGGAACCACCUCCAAUUUAGAAGUACUCACAUCUAAAAAAGUAAUAUCAAACAAUGAUGAUCUUGAAGUAUUAACGCCUAAACAAACACAAGAUAAUAAUAUUGCACCUACUCCAGAACAAACUCAAGAUGAUUCAGGUUCAGAAGUUGAAGUAGUAGUGCUCAAGAAGCGAAGAUUAAAUAACAUCAUAGAAUCACAAACUUCACCAACUCCAAUCUUACGAGAAGAAACAUCAGACAUCUUUACUUUCAAAGACAUAAAGAAUCGUAAUUCAGUAUGGGCAUCAUAUAAUUUAAAAAUGUAUACUGGAAAAUUAAUAACUAAAUUCCAUGAUUAUUCAACUAUUGAAUUCCACGAAGGUAAUUAUGAAAUCAAGAAUCAAGAUUUAUUUUUAUUGGAUAUUAGAAUUGGUGACACAUUACAUAUAAAACUGAAUAUCACUACAAAAUAUAUCGUUACUGGAUUAUCUAGAGAAAAUCAAGAUUCCAUUCCAUGUAUUAGAGGAUAUAACACCGUCUACUUAAAAACAACACGGAGAACAUCAAAAGAGGUUAAAAAAUCAUUGAGUGAAUGUUUUAUGGAAUUGAGUGACUGGGUAAUCCAUCAACAAAAAUAUAAAAUCAUAGAUGAGACAGAGACUAUUCAAUCAACACCUAAAAAAUUAACCAGGACCGAAACUAAUGAGUUGAUUAGUCCAAAUAAGAAACUCAACCUCAGAGACGAGUCACAGACACUCAAUGGGAAGUUAUUCUGUAUUACCAAUGUGGAUAACGAACGAAAAAAUUAUAUUAAAUCUCUAAUUGAAUCAAACGGUGGUCUUGUAAUUGAAAAAGAAUUAUACGAAAUGUUUCAAUUUUGUAAAUAUCAAACUUGGUAUCUCGAAGGAUUGGAAUUUUUCAACAAUAUUGAUUUUGCAGCAAUACUUUCAAACAACUACUGUCGAAGUCCGAAAUAUCUACAAGGAUUAGCACUAGGAUGGCCUAUAAUAUCCGACUCCUUUAUAAUAGAUGUUAUUAAAAAUGGUCAACUUUUCAACAAUUGGCCUUGUUAUUUAUUACCAAGUGGAGAAUCAAAAGACCUAAAUUGUGUUAAAUCAUUAGAUAUUUUCCAAUUUAAAUUGAAUUAUGAUAAGGGCUUUAAAUUAUCUCAUCAAUUAAAGAAUAAUAAUCACCUAUUAAACAAUUAUCGUAUUUUAAUUAUAAAUUCUCGAAAGAAUAAUGAAUCUUUGGAGACUUGUAAAUUUAUAUUUUAUUGUUUUGGAGCUAUUGAUUUAACAUUUAUAAAUGAAGUAGAAAUACAAGAAAAUUUAAAAUUAAUGAAAAGUGGAUCAAAUGUACUUAUUUAUGAAAAUGAUGGAUACCUGGCAGAAGAGAAAUUGAAGAAAUUGACGAAAAGGAAAAAAGGGAAACGGGUCAAUUUGAGAUUUGUUAAUUGGGAAUGGGUUGUUCAGUGUGUUAUUAGUGGUUAUAUUCGAGAUGAUAGACCGAUGUUGACGAUAAAUGUAUAG